UCUGUUUACAGCGCUGCUGCCGGCGAGCGCCCGCGUUCACGUGCUCCGCGCAGUUUCCCGGCGGCCGCCGAUUUGCAACCGUUCUAUGGUGUUUUCCUUUCAGUUUAAUGGUGCUAAUUCGUGCCGGGCAUUAAGAAAACAUUCGGCCGCCGCGUUAGUUUGCGACGUUUUCGGUGCGGCUCAUAAAAAUUAAGGAGCUUUCGGCGGAUGCGAUGAAUAAAUUUUGCAAAUCGAGUCUGUGUGUCGAAAAGAUUCGUGAGAGCGAUGUUUUGAUCGGUCGGCGUGUGGUGGUUGUGCCGGGUGCGGAUGCGAUCCGGUUGUUAUUGGUGACCUUAGCGCGGCUGCGGGCCGGGCUGGACGCGACCUCGCCUGGAGCGCACCGUGCUCUCCAGCAUACCCCAGAGCUGCUCGCCUGCUAGGUGUAAACAAACAAAACGGACGUUUCCCGUGAAAACUUCUUGUUGAGAAGACUCAAGUGCCAUUCGAAACCAGUUUACCACACAGUGAUAACUAGCCUUAGUUUAGUGGUAGUGCUAACAGUGAUAACUUAGACUUUAGGUGCUAAUUUAGUGAUAGACGUUACCAAAAAGUGGGCAAGCUGGCUCCGUACAAGGAUAUAAUGAAUUCGUCGAGCAUGAGCUCCGCGGUGCCGACGAUAAAGUGCGAGGAGCCGUCGCCGUCGCCAGCGGCGCCGGUGGGGGCGGAGGGCGAGGGUGAGGCGUACAACCUGAGCGUCAACGUGAACCUGAGCGCCGCCAUGAUCAACCUGCUGGCGGCCGACACGCCCAACACAACCCUGCGCACCCCGGAGAUCGUCAACGACGUUAUCACCAUGACCAAUCCCCUCGACCACUACAACUACGAGAAAAACUCCGGUUUCAAGCCGGCCAGCGGGAACGACUCCAACUCUUCAAUGUCGAAUGGAUCCUCAGCUACUUCACCUGCCUCUAACACUCCACCCAGUAUACAAAAGACGUGUUCGGAACUAAUAAAGGCGGGUCUGAAGCUGUCGAUCGAGUCAAAGCGCAAGAUGUCUGGUAGCGACACCGACGGAACCAUGAAGAGGAUGAAGCGGGAAGACAGUGACGAUGAGUACGAUAGCAGUCACACCAUCACCAAUAAGAGUGAAGGGUUGACCCCAGAAGACGAGGAGCGCAGACGCCGCAGAAGAGAACGGAAUAAGAUCGCAGCGACCAAGUGCCGGAUGAAGAAGCGGGAGAGAACUGUGAACCUGGUCACGGAGAGCGAGGUGCUCGAGACGCAGAACAUAGACCUUAAGACGCAGCUCAAGGAACUGGAAGUGCAAAAGCGGCAGCUGAUCGACAUGUUAUCAAUGCACGCGGCAUCUUGCAUCAAGAACAACAACCCGGCGACGAGAGCGUCGCCAUCGACGCAAUACAAUAUGCUACGGCCGUACGAGUCGUCAUCUACAUUCCCCAACGCUUACGAAGCGCACUCGCCGUACAUUCGGCCGGAGUCCGCCAACGUGUUAGCUUCGAGUUACAACUGCGGCGGCGCGCUCAAUGGAGACUCCUCAAUCGACACUAUUUCAUCCCUCGACAACCCGUACAUAACGCAACAAAUGGUAGAUGACUACAACAGGCCAGACAGCGUGUUAAGCCUGCCGCCGAAUUCGGAAGCCAACUAUGUGACCACUGACGGAUAUCUCCCUAAAGCUACUAACCUGCUGGUGCCCAUUGAGCAGGAACAGGAGUAUUACGACCCGGACGCCAGCUACGCCCUACCCACACAACAAUGUCACACGUACCCCGGCACCGUCCCCGAUGCGCAGAACAAACACAACGGCCUCAACGACGGAUGCCUCGUCUAGCAACUAUCGAGUCCAACUCCAUUUUCGAAACGUAUACGUGUAAUUAUAAGCAUUGGAGCUAAAAUAUUAAUUCGAAAUAUGUCACCGUUUUUUCACAAUUUCAAAUUGGUCCCAUUUUCUUUUAAAUAUUGUUGUGAUAAAUGUAAUAAACCAAGUUGUCAAUAACGUCAAUAUUCUCUCCAAAUAUCUGUAGUUGUACAGCAAAGUCUUGAGGCGGGGAAUUUAUUUCGAAACGUAGCCGUUUGUCUACUGUGUAGAACAACUACAUCAAGAGUAUUGUGUUCGUGAAAUGUGCACACGUCGAAAUAUCAUGUAGCCAACUGAAAACUUGUAGCAAAGCAGCAAUCCGUAAAACCAGUGAAAUGUUAACCAAUUCAGUAUCUUCCGAUAGAUUGUUUGGCACCACCGCCGUUAAAUCAGAAUCGCUGAACUGGAUAAUCAAAAAAAAAAUGAGCAAAAAACGUAUCCCUUGGGCGUCCCAUUACAAAGUCGUUGUCGAGUCGUUAAUCAAUUAAUUUCCUUUAAUUUCAACAGUGUUGUGAAAGUAAAUAAUAAAAUCGAGUCAUCGUUUUGUCGCAUAACAUCCAACAAACUGCGAGUUUGAUAGCUAGGUAGGUAUUUCACAUUAUAUUUUAUUUUUAUCUAGAUGUUUAACUUUUAACAUAAUUUACGACAUUGUUUUAGGUUCUAUGAUUUUGCUUUGAUCUGUACAAAAUAUUCUUAGGGUUGAGAAUGAGAUCUGAUUUUAUUUUUGGAUGGUGCAAUUUAUUGUUUUCGGCGUUCUAAAUCUUUAUUUUCUUCCUUUACCAUCACUAUCUAGUCUCCAAGUUUGUGACUCCAAAUUCCGACCCAAAUA